CCACUAGUGGCCUAGUGUUCACUAUCAGUCGUACCUCACUGGUGAUUUAUUAAAACUGUAAACAUGGCAUUCAAGUUCGUAGUCCUCGCUGCUUUGAUCGCAGUUGCAAAGGGAGGAAUUGUCGGCGCGCCCGUCGUCGCCGCCCCGGUGGUGGCAGCCAAGAUAUCAGACGCCACCUUUGACCCCAACCCACAAUACUCCUUCGCCUACGACGUCCAAGACGCCCUGACCGGCGACAGCAAGAGCCAGGUGGAGAGCCGUAACGGCGGCAUUGUGCAGGGACAAUACACCGUCGCCGACCCCGACGGUACUCGCCGUAUCGUUGACUACAUCGCCGAUCCGAUCAACGGCUUCAACGCUGUCGUGAGGAAGACUCCAUUGGCUGUUGCUGCACCAGUCGUUGCCGCCAAAGCUGUGGCUGCCCCACUUGCCGUUGCUCCACGUCUGGCUGUUCCUGCUGCCGCUCCUGUCGCUGUCGCCCCCGCCUUCGCCCGACUAGCCUCCCCUUACUUAGCUGCCCCAGCUCCGAUUGCCGUUGUUUAAGAUAUGACUGACUAGAUUCUUUUUGUACAUAUUUUCUUUUAUUAAAUCAUCAAAAUAUUA